UUUCAACUUCUUCUCAUCGCUCUCACCACUGCGAAUGUAGAAUUAUAUUUUCUUACUUAUUUUUUUAAUUAAAAAAAAAGGAAAAUCAGAAAGCAAAGCUAAGUAGAACUCGACUCGACUCAACUCAACUCAGCUCAAUUCAAUCUCUUCUUGCAUGUAGCUAGCUCGUCUACUCAUUCGAUUCGGCUCUGUUCUGCUACUUCACACUCAUGGCGAACAACCCCUCAGACGCCCCGGCCGACGAUUUCCUCGAGCAAAUUCUCGGCUACCCAUCUUUCGGUUCGGCCGAUAAUAACUUAACGGGAAGCGACGGUGGCCUUUCUGGAACGCAUGGAGGUCCGAUGAUGCUCCAGCUCAGCUCCGGCGACGGCCCCGGCCAUAUUCCUUCCGUUGGUGGUGGCGGUGCUGGGUAUCCUGGAUCGGUGUUUCCUUUGGGGUUGAGCUUGGAGCAAGGGAAAGCAGGCUUUUUGAAGCCCGAGGAGGCAUCUGGGAGUGGGAAGCGAUUUCGUGAUGACGUCGUUGAUGGUAGAGCUUCCACUGUGAAAAAUGUUUUUCAUGGCCAGCCAAUGCCUUCUACUGUAGCACCACAUCCACCAGCAAUGCGACCAAGGGUACGGGCUAGACGAGGCCAAGCUACUGAUCCACACAGCAUUGCUGAGCGGUUGCGUCGAGAAAGAAUAGCAGAACGAAUCAGGGCAUUACAGGAGCUGGUUCCUAGUGUUAACAAGACGGAUAGAGCUGCCAUGCUAGAUGAAAUAGUAGAUUAUGUGAAGUUCUUAAGGCUUCAGGUGAAGGUUUUGAGCAUGAGUAGAUUGGGCGGAGCUGGUGCAGUUGCACCACUUGUAACGGAUAUUCCACUAUCCUCAGUUGAGGAAGAAGGUAGUGAAGGAGGGAGAAAUCAACCGGCGUGGGAUAAGUGGUCGAGUGAUGGCACCGAACGACAAGUCGCUAAGCUAAUGGAAGAAAAUGUUGGGGCUGCGAUGCAGUUUCUUCAAUCAAAGGCUCUUUGCAUCAUGCCCAUUUCACUGGCCUCAGCAAUAUACCAUUCCCAACCACCGGACACCUCUAGUGUUAAGCCUGAAACAAAUCCCCCUUCAUAGACCUCUGAAAAGGGUCUUGCAUUCCCUUAUGAAGUCCCAAGGGAAAAGAAGAGAAGGGAAAAGAAAAGAAA